AUGGGCACCUCACUAUCGCAUCUACCCCCCGCGCUGUUGCGGAAGAAGGAAUAUCGAAUCCUGAUGUGGGGACUCAACCUCGGGCCCAUUGACACAGUAUCCACAACUGGAUUUAACGUUGAGUCAGUGACAUAUGAUAGAGGUAUGGAUCUCGUCGUUUGGGACCUGGGAGGCCGAGACAAGUUGCGUCCAACGUGGGCCUCCUACUUCAGCGAUACUGCCGCGAUCAUAUAUGUUGUCGAUUCCACCAAUCUCAACCGACUGGACGACGCUGCUUUUGAACUGCGGUCCUUACUGGAUUUUGAGGGCAUGCGAGACGUCUGCGCGGCUCCGCUUCUGGUGUUCGCCAACAAACAGGAUCUACAGGGGGCAAAGACACCUGAGGAGAUAUCGGAGGCGUUAAAGCUAGAGGAAUUCCGGGACCGAGAGUGGAAAACUAUUGCGUGCUCUGCUGUGGAUGGCUCUGGUAUUGCUGAGGGUAUGGAUUGGCUCGUGUUGUUGGCACCGCAAGAGUAUGUGCGCUGUAGCGAGGACAAGGCGGAAGGUGAGGGGGCGAGGUUCCUAGAUUGCAGGAAAGACCGCGUUGUUUGGACUUGCACAAUUGAUGCGGUUUUGUACGGCCAUUACCGUUACAGUUCUGCUGCCAUUAUGGAGCGGCGAACUUAUAUUAACUAUAUACCGACUUGCCCGUUCAGAAGGACGAUCAAUACUCAUGAUCGGAGAAUGAGAACUUUCAAAGGAGAACUUCCAAAUGAGAGCUCCGGGAUUGGGUAUGACGAUCCGGAUGAGGACAAACGCUAUCUUCAAUAA